CGUCACUCAUUUGACUAGGGAGUCGUGCCUGAAUGUAAAGUGAAGUGAGUGUCCCACAGACCUACAUUUAUUCUCCGUUCGUUUUUAAAAAUAUCGCGAAACGAAGAAGAAUCCAGUGAAACCUUGAGGCAGCUGUUAAGUUCAGGGCUUUUUCAAGCUCCACGGCCAUAGGACUUGUUUCAACAUUGGUGUUUCCGCACCAAAAACAUGCAUGAGGAGACAACUAGUAGGCCUAUGAGCGUUCCGAGCUCUGUUGCCGCUACAACCACACAACCCACUGCUACGGACCACAAUUCGGCCGAGCUACAAGUGUCAUUUUCGUCUAAUUCUGCAGCUUCUGUCGAGGCGCGACAGAGCGAAUGUAAAAAGAAGAUCCUGCCGGCGGUCGAAGUAAUAUCGCCCGAUUUCGUGAUCAGCGGCGGCGGCGGCGGCAUGGACGCGGCCGGCUACCAGGCCGCGCCGCCGCCGGCGGCGGCGGGGCCCGCCCCCGCGCCCUCGGGGGCGGGAGGCGGCGGCGGAGGCGGUCCGGACCUGCCCGACACCAAGGAAGGCAUCGAGGAACUGUGCCCCGUGUGCGGCGACAAGGUGUCCGGCUACCACUACGGCCUGCUCACGUGCGAGUCGUGCAAGGGCUUCUUCAAACGGACCGUGCAGAACAAGAAGGUGUACACGUGCGUGGCGGACCGCAGCUGCCACAUCGACAAGACGCAGCGCAAGAGGUGUCCGUUCUGCCGCUUCCAGAAGUGCCUGGACGUCGGCAUGAAGCUCGAAGCGGUGCGCGCCGACAGGAUGCGCGGCGGCCGCAACAAGUUCGGGCCCAUGUACAAGCGGGACCGGGCCCGCAAGCUGCAGAUGAUGCGCCAGCGCCAGAUCGCGCUGCAGACGCUGCGCGGCGGAGCGCACGCGCAUCUCGGCGACGGCGUGACGCUGUGCUACAGCCCCGGGGGGCAGGCGGCGGUUGCGGCGGCGGCCUUCGGCAGCCUGCACAUCAAGCAGGAGAUCCAGAUCCCGCAGGUGUCUUCGCUCACCUCGUCCCCGGACUCCUCCCCCAGCCCCAUCGCCGUGGGGAUGGGCCACGUCGCGUCGUCCUCCGCAGCCUCCGUCGCUGCGGCGGCGGCGGCGGCGGCGGCGUCCUCCGCCUCCGGAGCCGCGGUGGCUGGGCUGGCGGGCCCCGGGUCCGCCGCCUCCGUCUCGCUGGACCACAAGCUGUGGGGCGGCGGCGCGCCCUCGCCCAAAGCGCUGCAGCAGCUGGAGGCGGGAGCCGCCCCCAAGGUGCCCGCCAUGGUGCGCGAGUUCGUUCAGGCGCUGGACGACCGCGAGUGGCAGAACUCCCUGUACAGCCUGCUCCAGAACCAGACCUACAACCAGUGCGAGGUGGACCUGUUCGAGCUCAUGUGCAAAGUGCUGGACCAGAACCUUUUCUCGCAGGUCGACUGGGCGCGGAACUCCGUCUUCUUCAAGGACCUCAAGGUGGACGACCAGAUGAAGCUGCUGCAGCACUCGUGGUCGGACAUGCUGGUGCUGGACCACCUGCACCAGCGCAUGCACAACAGCCUGCCCGACGAGACCAGCCUUCCCAACGGCCAGAAGUUCGACCUGCUGUGCCUGGGCCUGCUGGGGGUCCCGGGGCUCGCCGCCCGCUUCCACGACCUCACCGCGGCGCUGCAGGACCUCAAGUUCGACGUGUCGGACUACGUCUGCCUCAAGUUCCUGCUGCUGCUCAACCCUGACGUGAGGGGCAUCGUCAACAGGAAGCACGUGCAAGAAGGCCACGACCAGGUUCAGCACGCGCUACUCGACUACACGCAGACGUGCUACCCGCAGAUACAGGACAAGUUCGGCAAGCUGAUGAUGGUGAAGCCCGAGAUCCACCAGCUGGCCAGCCGCGGCGAGGACCACCUGUACCUGAAGCACUGCGACGGCAGCGCGCCCACGCAGACGCUGCUCAUGGAGAUGCUGCACGCCAAGAGGAAAUAGCACAGCACGCCUUCUUGACCUCGGUGCUCGCGGCACGGCGUCGCGCCCCCCGUUACGUGAAUCGGAAGAUCAUGUUGUCUCCUGAAGGCGACUGCAGCUAGCAAACGAGUGAGGAGAAUGGCCGUGCUGCGCAGUCUUCGUAAAGCCGUGCGCGCCGACAGAAUCCAUCUCUCUCUCCGUUACGUUCGUGGAAGAAUGUGUCGCGGACUUGACUUUUUGCAGCGCGAAUCGAGGUUAGGUUGGCAGUGCCGGGGAGGAAGCGACACGGACCCUUCGCGCCUGAUCGUAGCCGGGGGGGGGAAGGAAAGGGGGAACGAACCCCUCGUGCUGUGGGGAUUUGCCUUGCCACGUGAGCGGACGGAGUGUCAUCGUCGCUUUGCCUGACGGACAUCCGAAGAUGCGAGCAAGUUACCUGUCUUCAUUACAAUGUCCUGCGGCAUUGCCAACUCAAGAUGGGCAUUACCAGUGCUAGUUACCGGGACAGUAACAGACAUGUGCAAUAACUGUCAAAAUAUGAAUUUAGAUAUAUUUAAAAAAAAAAAAAAAAGUUUCUUUGGCAAAAAAAAAGAACAAGGCUUCGACUUCUCAUUUUGUACUUGCGGGGAAAAAAAAUUAAUAGAGUGGUUAAAAAAAAAAUUUACGUGUUGACAAGUUGAAUUGUUGCUGUAGUGGUUGAAGAGAGUUAUAGUACGAAUAUUUUGAUAUGCAUGUUGACUCUGAAUAUAUAAUAUGCCUUCAAAAAGUACAAAAUAAAAAAGUCAGAGGCACGCUUUUACGAGCUCCAUUCUCGGGAUCAGCAGCGUGUGGUUGGUCGUUUGUUGGGGCGGGGGCCCCGCCCCGCCGCGGGGUCCCCUCGAGAUCACAGGAGCUGCUUCAUGCAACACGUUAAUGCAUUUUUUUAUAUGUAGAAGAAAUAAUAUUUCUUUAUGAACUAACUGCAGAGAUGCAAAUUGUAAUCAUCGUCUGACGAAAUGAGACCACAAUAUCCUUGCUCGCCCGUUGUUUUUUUUUUAAUAUAUAUAUUUUUUUGUGACGUCUUAUUUUUGUUUUGUGCGUACACAUUCCAGAAGAAAUGAUAAAUAAAAAAGCAGAUAUUUUGCUUUUGUUCUGGAAGGGAUAUAAGGGCAUCAAAGUUUGUUUGUUUUUAGUGUACAUUGUGUACAUUGUAAAAUUGGCAUCCCACUGAAGGUAGCUGCGAGGCGAAGAUCGCGCUACCUCUUAGAUUUAAGUUAUUGGGCAGUCUUCAUCAAUUGCAACAACUCUAGUGCUUUGGCUAUACAUGGUCUUGAACAUUCCAUUGCUUAAAUAACUUGUAUUUUUUUUCUCUCCUAUUUUCUCUUACUUUCGGCUUACACAGAUUGAAACAACGUCUGCUAGGCAAAACAUUGAGUGUGGUGAGGCGUAUGUUUUUGUGUCGUAACCAAUAAAUUAUUCUUAAAAAUUUUAGCGUCCUACAUACUUUUUUUUUGUUAUUAAAUUAACACUAUCUUCUUGAAAGCUGGGUAUGGUGGUGGACUAACAGAAAAAAAAAGUAUCUUUUUUUUUAGCGGUAACAUUUUUUAAAAAAAACUUCAGAGCAAGGCUGCUGUGGUCGACACAUACCGUAAUUGUAGUCUUGUUAAAAAAACAUUUGUGUAUGUUGAUAGUUGUCGAGCGAUUGUUAAACCGCGAACUCAUUUCACGCGAGGGAUGCCACCUGUCGAAACUCCAAAUGCGCCCACCACGUCCCACCCACCUUUCACACGUCGUCUCCUUCGCCCCCGUUUUCCUUCUUCCCCUCCGCCCGUCUCCGUUCUCGCUUCCGGCGAUCUGUCCGCCACAUUCCGUCGGACCCUCUCGUCCUCUUCACUGCCACGAUCACGCGUCACCCAACGGCAUCCCGAGCAGUGAUCACCCAUCGUCUUUUUUUUUUGUUUCCAUUUUUGCUGUUGAUGAAAAAAAAAUAAUAAAAAAAAAUCACAAUUGUU